CAUGGAGAUAGCAUUUCAUCAUAAAGGGUGCUGCAGACAUGUUGGGUGAAAGAGGGGACACAAAAACGAAGUUUUGGCUGGACAGGAGAGCAAAUAGCAAAGAGAUAUGAGAGUAUAGGCCUAUGGAAGGGGAAUCAAAAACAUCUGUGUGUAGAAUUGGAGUUAGUUACUUAAGAUUACGCAAAGGAAUGGGAUAAACAAAAAUAGGUGCGUAGAGGAGAACGUUAAAAGUAUAAGAGUGUGGACACAGUCUUCAGUAGAGGAAGUGGUGAUUUGUUUUUUAUCAUGACGACUGGAAAUUUAAAAAAAAGAAUGGAUACUGGAGGAGAGUGAUACCUGAAGGUGGCGGGUAUGCGACAUAGUGGGUUGCAAUUGCGGUUAACCCCCCAAAAAAACAGAAGAAGAUGACGGUAUGAGAAACGACAGUAGCAGCAGUCAUUAGGGAUGUUGGGGCGGAACUAAAGUUUGCGCUGCAGUUUCCUUCAGAGCCAUUUAAAUGUCACGGACGCCCGGAAGUGGUUGCAAAUUUAAACAACCAUCACAGCAACAAUAAACGCGUUAUUUCACAUCACAUGCUGUUUGGAAAAUCGGGAAUUUAUGAAAAUUAAGCCAAACCCUUACAUAAAUCUUCUUUAAGGUGCAGACCUUACUGAAGCGGUCCAAGCUGACGGCAACAGUAUGGAGGAAGAAAUAAAGAUGGCUGAGACGGAACAAGGAGAUGUGGCGAGCAAUGAGGAAGAGUCCACUGUAGAAAUGUCCAAUAACAGUCCAGUUAAAAGAGGAAGGGGUAGGCCACAAGGUUCAAAGAAGUUGAAAGUUUCCGUUACAAAUAUUAAACUAACAGAGCAGGUUUCAAGCAUUUCCAACGGUGGGUCCAAACAGGCCCGGCGGGGAAGAGGGCGUCCAAAACUCAUGAAACACACAGUUCAGGAAGGAUCAGGAGACGGCAGUGCUGAUAAUUCUGUGCAAACUCAAGAGUCCAACAAACAGGCCAGUAAUGAAGACAGCCCUACGGCAGACCAUGCUCCUAAGAAAAGAGGCCGGCCAAGAAAAUCUCUUAAUGAAAGCACCUCUAAGAAUGCUGAUGCUAAAGACUUAACAAACGGUGGCUCUGAUACACCAAAAGCAAAAAGGGGUCGUCCAAAAGGAUCCAUGAAGCGCAAGUCAGAAAGUUUAACGAGGGGACAGAAUGAAGGCAGCUCUGUAACGCGUCGGAAACAAAGAGGCUCACUCAAUAAGAAACCCAGGAUAGAGACAAAGGUGAGCAGUGCGGGGGGGCAGGACUCGGAGAAGCCUCAUAGAGGGAGGGGAAGGCCAAAAAAAAUGGUUGUACAGGAGAGCGGGGAUGGCUCCCAGCCAGCUAAGAGGCUAAGGGGUCGCCCUAAAGGCUCUUUAAACAGGAAACCUCCAGCAUAUAAGGUGCAGAGUAAGUUGGUCCAGCCGAAGAGAGGCCCGCCCAAACGAGGGAGGCGCGGUCGACCAAGAAAAGAACCAGCCAAAAGGGGAAGGCCAAGGAAGUACCCUCUGCCAUCACCUGAGGAGCUGAAAAAGCCAAGAGUAUGGAAGCCUCUGGGGAGGCCGAGGAAAUACCCCCGUGUUGAUCCUCCAGAGGGGUCUCAACCAGCCCCUCGCAGAAGCCGUGGUCGGCCUUGCAAGUCAGAGUCCAAGAAAGGCGCUCACUUGCGCAAGAGUUUGCCUGCUUCUUCCUCCUCGCCACACAACCCCAACGUUGGAGCCCCAAGAAAACGGGGCCGUCCCCCAAGUGCUCCAAAAAGUGAUGCUGUCCCAACGCGGAAAAGGGGCCGUCCUAAAGGUUCAGUCAACAGAAAUAAAGCCAGAAAGGAAACGCAGCUCGAAACCGCAGUCCCCAAUAAUUCAAAAGAAGAGAGUGAUUCAUCUCCUGUUGUGGUGGAAUAUGAAGCAGAGCAGGUAGAAGACGAGGUGGAGCACAACACAGAGACGCCGGUCGAGCAAAACGAAGAGACGCCGGUCGAGCAAAACGAAGAGACGCCAAUCGUGCAAAACGAAGAAACGGCCCUCGAGCACGUGGAGAAUACAGAAGAAUCUUUCACUGAUCAGGAUGCAGGCUUUGACGUUAGUAACCAGGCUUGAUGAAUCACCCGGUCUGACCAAAAACAAAACAAUCUUGUCAAUGAAAACACGUUUUUAAACUUUUGUCAGUCGGUUAGCUAGAUAUUCUGCUGGUCUUCUGUUUUCUGACUAACAUGUCCAUCUUGUUCUGUUGUGCUUUUUUAAAAAUUACUUUAUUACUGUCAUCCUAUUAUUAUCUUUUAUGGAACUGGCACUGAUUGUUCCGGUUUACAUUUAGCUUUUAUAUGUAGUGUUGGUCAGUUUUAUUGUAACUGUAAAACGGUUGCUGUUAAUUGAUUUGAAAGAGGAACAAGUCAACAGAAGUAGAAACUAUAAAGAUCUGAAUUUGUGCAUCACAUCUGGGCUAGCAUCCAUUCCACUAGCUUUUGCUACUCAAUACUAUCACUCAUCCUCUAUUUCUUUCAUCACUCUUUCUGAAAAGUUAAAUUAGUUCAUUUGACUUUUAGUUGGCAUAAUUUGACUUUACAAGAAAACAGGAUAACUUGGAAAUGCUUAUUUUUUCCCCCGAUAUUUUUAUUGUAACAAUGUGAAAGGGGUCAAUUGUAGCAAUGAAUGUACAGAGAAUUAUCACCUGGAUCUGCUGCUCCCCCUCGGCUUAACAGAGCGUUAUAGCCAGUGUGAGCUGAUUGUUUAACCCUCUGGCCGCAAACUUUACUGUAAGUUCAUUCUCAUGGUGCAGGAUUUAGCUUUUUUCCACAAAAAAAUUCUUAAAAGCCACUGUACAAAACAGACUGACACAGUUAGCAACUAGUUGUUGAACAAUGUGGAGCGGGACAUUUAGCAGCUAAAUAGCCAGAUAGUUCCCUCAGGAGUUAGUUUAGACCAAAAACUGAGCUAAUAAAGAGUGAAUAUUCGACUAUUGUCCACAAACAUGUCUCCAAAUGAAGGAUAAUAAUUUUGCGUAACUGCUGCAUGUGGAAUAGGCGAAUUUUGGUUCACAAGUUUGCUAAAAACACUUAAAAGGUGCCGAUAUUUCAAGGUUGUGUUGUGCAACAACUUGUUUCCCCUGCCCCGAAGUUACCAACAAAAAUCAGUAUUGCAGGUUUAAGCCUUUACAAAUGCGGAAAUGAAUGAGGUUUUCUUGCUUUUGGAUUAAAAAAAACAGGACAUGCGGUUUAUGUUGGGAAUCAGCAAUAAGAGUUCGAGGGGCCUGCAAGAUAAAAUACGUCCACAUGAUGUCAUGAUUUUCUCAAUGCUAUUUAGUUGGGUUUUUUUUUUUUUGCCUUAAUUGCGAAAGCUUUGAAUGUACCAUCAGUUAGUUACACGGACCAGUGAGUUGUACUGCACAGAUCAGCCUCUCAAGUUUUACUGAACAUACAUUCCCCUACGUGACUUAAAGCUCUGUAUGAAAUCCUUCUCUCCACGCACAGUUACUCUUGUAGUUUCAGUUGUUGCUAUGAUGAUUUUCUCUUAAUGUUAACAUGUAGCUGUGAAGUCUUACUUUUUUUUUUUUUUUUUUUUUUUUUUUUU